ACAGCUAGAAGAGUUUGGAAGAACUACCUGCCGGCUAUCAAUGGAGUUGUCUUUCUGGUUGACUGUGCCGACCACGACCGCCUUACAGAAUCCAAGAUCGAACUUGAUGCCCUGUUAGCAGAUGAGACCAUCCUCUCUGUGCCUGUGCUGGUCCUGGGUAACAAGAUAGACCGUCCUGAAGCCAUCAGUGAAGGGGGACUGAGGCAGGCGUUCGUUCUCGAUGGACAAUGCACUGGAAAGGGUAACGUGUCGGUGAAGGAGCUGCAGGCACGACCUCUGGAGAUUUUCAUGUGCAGUGUCCUGAAGAAGCAGGGCUAUGGAGAUGGCUUCAGGUGGCUGGCACAAUACAUCGACUGACAUCUAGGCAGCGCUUCUUUUACUAAACGGACUCCCAUCUUUCUGGGGGGAAUGAAGAGGAUAAGCUAUCAAAUGAAAUGGCCCAUAUUGUCCACCCCCCACACCAUGUGGAAAGAUGUGAAGCUCCCAAUAAUCUGUCAAUUUCAGCAUUAAUUGGUCCAUUUUAAAGGUUUCUAUCUAUGCAAACUUUUAAAAGUGGUUCAUGGUCACAAGAUUCAAGAUGGGUUUGCGUGUAAUACUAAUAAGUCCAUUAGUUAAGUAUAACGUCGACCCGUUCUCUGGCGUGUAAAUUAGAGUAUCCGGUUCUACCCCAACAGAUUUGAUCAUAGCUGCAAUUCAAGCUACAGUAUACGGCAGAUGACCUGUACCAAUGUAGAACCUUUAUAAGGUAUACUGUGAACUUUUACAAUUAUUUCUGAAACAUGAAGGACCAAGUAGUUUUUAAAUGAAAUAGAUUAUAAAUGAUAAGGAUAUUUAUGUGAAUGGUGGCGGUACAAAUACUUGUACAUAGCAGUCCUACCUAGAAUAAGAUGUUCUUAUCACUAAGAGGACAUGAAAGAGGAUAGAUAGACUGAGCAGGAAUAUUCCAACAGACCCAAGUUCCAAUCGCAUCGAAUAGAACGUCAUCUAAGGUUUAGGGGCGGAGUCCAUUUGACCUGAUUCUAUUUCUAUACAUGGCAUGUAUAUCCCAAAUGGCAGCAUAUUGACUAUAUAGUGCACUACUUCAGAGAACCCAUACUUUCUAUGCCCCCACCCUGGUCAAAAAGUAGUGCACUAAAAAGGGAAUAUGGUGCCAACCCUGAUCAAAAGUAGUACACUAAAUAGGGAAUAGGGUUCCAACCUUGAUCAAAAGUAGUGCACUAAAUAGGGAAUAGGGUUGACAUUUGGUACGCGUACCAGGGGUUUGAGAUCAAUUGUAAUGGUCCACGCAGCUAUUGCCUUCAAUGCACUCAGCCAAAGACGUAUGCAAACUAUUUUGCAAGUGACUUUGGGAUGUGUACAUAUAAUAGACCUGGGGGGGGUUGUAGUAGUGAUGUAAUGUUUGUCCUACUACAGUUUAAUGAAUGAAUGGCUAUAGUGCCAUGAUAUGCAGGUACAUUGUAACAGGCCAGAACAAGAGACCGCCAUUGCCAUCAUUCCAUGGUAUGCAGCAAUAAAGCGGAAUGACCAUCAGUGGCCACUACAAUGCUAAUCUUAACAAAAAAGGCUAUGCUACUCUACUAACAUAGCUCUGGCAGAGGUUUUUGUUGAAAAAUAUAGAUAUUUGGUCCCUUUUCAAUCAAGUCUGGUUUAAAAAUACAUAUAUUGGUCCUUUUUCAAUCAAGUCUGGUUUAAAAAUAGAUAUUUGGGCCCUAUUCGAUCAAGGCUGGUUUAAAAAAUAAAUCCCACUUGCAUGCUUUGAGUGACGUACUACUCAAGGAAACACCAGAUAGCCUGGGCACCAGUUUGAAUAGGGCUCUUGGUCCAUGCCCUUUCCUGUUCGCAGACCUGGGGUCGUGUUCAUUAGGCACCAAACGGAUGAAAAUGGACUGAAACGGCACUUGGACAAUGGAAACAAUCAUUUUCGUUUUCAGUUGCAAAAUGUUUUAAAAUGUUUUCCGUUGCAGGCCCCAAAAUGAACACGUCCCAGAUAUUUCUAGUAGAGGUCGACUGAUUAGGAUUUUUCAAUGCCGAUACCGAUUAUUGGAGGACCAAAAAAGCCGAAGCCGAUUUUUAUUUAUUUAUUUGUAGUAAUGAUAAUUACAACAAUACUGAAUUAACACUUAUUUUAACUUAAUAUAAUACAUCAAUAAAAUCAAUUUAGCCUCAACUAAAUAAUGAAACAUGUUCAAUUUGGUUUAAAUAAUGCAAAAACAAAGUGUUGGAGAAGAAAGUAAAAGUGCAAUAUGUGCCAUGUAAGAAAGGUUACAUUUAAAGCUGGUGGUUCCUUUUAACAUGAGUCUUCAAUAUUCCCAGGUAAGAAGUUUUAGGUUGUUGUUUUUAUGGGAAUUAUAGGACUAUUUCCCUCUUUUGUAUUUCAUUAACCUUUGACUAUUGGAUGUUCUUAUAGGCACUUUAGCAUUGCCAGUGUAACAGUAUAGCUUCCGACCCUCUCCUCGCUCCUCCCUGGGCUCGAACCAGCAACAGAACGUCAACAGCCACCCUCGAAGCAGCGUUACCCAUGCAGAGCAAGGGGAACAACUACUAGAAGGCUCAGAGCGAGUGACGUUUGAAAUGCUAUUAGUGCGCGUUAACUACCUAGCCUUUUCACAUCGGUAACACCAGCCUAAUCUCGGGAGUUAAUAGGCUUGAAGUCAUUAACAGUGCAAUGCUUGACGCACAAUGAAGAGCUGCUGGCAAAACGCACAAAUAUGCCUACCACCGCUCAGUCAGAUACUUAGAUACUUGUAUGCUCAGUCAGAUUAUAUGCAACACAGGAUACGCUAGAUAAUAUCUAGUAAUAUCAUCAACCAUGUGUAGUUAACUUGUGAUUGAUUGUUUUUUAUAAGAUAAGUUUAAUGCUAGCUAGCAACUUACCUUGGCUUACUGCAUUCGCGUAAUAGGCUCCUUGUGGAGUGCAACGAGAGAGAGGCAGGUCGUUAUUGCGUUGGACUAGUUAACUGUAAGGUUGCAAGAUUGGAUCCCCCGAGCUGACAGGUGACAAUCUGUCGUUCUGCCCCUGAACAAGGCAGUUAACCCACCGUUCUUAGGCCGUCAUUGAAAGUAAGAAUGUGUUCUUAACUGACUUGCCUAGUUAAAUAAAGGUAUCAUUAAUUUUAAAAAAUGUUUUUUUUUUUAAUCUGCAAAUCUGCGCCCCAAAAUACAGAUUUUCAUAACAAUCUGAAACUUGAAAUCGGCCCUAAUUAAUCGGCCAUUAUGAUUAAUCGGUCGACCUCUAAUUUCUAGGCCUACUGGUAAAUCUUCUUUGUCAUUCUAAGCCUCUGUCAUUUGCAACAUUUCUUAUUAUCUUGAUGUCAAUUUAAUUUGAAUCUGAAAUGGCCAUCACCAACAUAUUUUAGUUGAUUAUUAUUUACAUUUACAUUUAAGUCAUUUAGCAGACACUCUUAUCCAGAGCGACUUACAAUUAUUAUCAGAAUUAACUAAUGGGAACGGGUACUUCCAGCCACGUAGGCUAAUACUGCCUUAUAGUUUAAAUAGAGGGGAGUGUUUCAGCAGUCUGAUUCAGCCUUUUGAUGAUCUACUUGUCACAUUUCCUGUCUGCUGUGUAGGUCAUUUAUUGAAAUGAUUUAUGAUGUCCAUGAUGUGAAGUAUUGGCUUUGUGAUUCAGACAAAUCUAUGGUUGAAAUGCUGCAGGUACUUCUUGACUAUCAGUACAAUGAUAUGAGAGUACGUCUGUAGCUCUGAAUCUCUGGGAAUAACAGCCUUUAUAUCAGCCAGCCUUGGGCUCAGUUCCAUUUCAAUUCAGGAACUAAACUGAUAUUUACAUUUAUUCUCAAAGCUUUUUUAAUGAGGAACAAUUUAAUUGGAGUUUCCGUUUCCUACCUGAAUUGAAAUGAAACUGAACCCCAACGCUGUAUAUCAGUAUUUAACUAUUGAGUACCAUUAACAUUUCUGUAUUCAUUGUAAAUAAUGUAAAAUGGAGAUGGUCUCUUUCUUUGUACAAUUCAUUAUCCUGGAGCUGACAAAACACGCAGGUUGUAAAUCCCAAAUAACACCCUAUUACCUACAUAGUGCACUACUUUUGACCAAAGCCCUAUUGACCCUGGUCCAAUGUAGUGCACUAUAAAGUAUAGGUUGCCAUUUGGCACAUAGACAUUAUUACUGGAUGUACUUAUGAUAACUCGGAUCAUUUUAACGUGAGAAAUUCCAUAAAUAUUUUUAACAAUCA